AUGGCAGCCUAUGAGGUCUUGCCACGCCCGUCAGCACCUCCGGGACGUGCAAAGUUCUUGGAAAAAUGCCGAAGCCUUCUCCAUCAGCUUAGACAAACAGAACUUCCCUGCAAAAUGGCAACUGAAGCGCUCAGUGCAGUGACCCCACAAGCGACACUGAAGCAAUUCCACCUUUGGAGGGACUCCGACCAGUGCUGGAGGCAGUUUGCACGGCUCCCGCUUGCAGCCCGUGCACUACUCAAGCCAGAGGAGCUGGAUAAGUUGAAAGUUCAUGCUAUGCCCAAGUAUCUUUGCGAACCAACAAGCCCAGCGAGUCAUGCACUUGAUGACCCGCCAGACUUUCGCACAAUCCACUUGGACGAGGAAGUAACAGCGGAUGGGAUGAGCCUCAGGAGUUUUGUCGACGAAGAUACGCGUCUUCACCAAGCUGUGUGCAAGCUUGCUCUCGCAGGGCAAAGUAUUGGCCACAAUGCAUGGGAGGGAGCACGACAUACCGCUGCCUUCAUCAAUGAUAGGGCAAAACAUCUAUUCCCGCACGAAAAGACACACGAACUAGCACCUGUGAGCUGUGCUAGAUUUGCAGAGCUUGUGGACGUGUUCCGCAAAGCCACAGGAACACCAGCUAGAUUGCCUUACACGAACUUCCAAGAUAUGGAAUGGAUUGUUUUGGAUCGUCAAGGGAAAGAAGUGGACACCUUGUCCACAUCGGAAUUCAUGUCAGAGACAGCCCAGACAGAUUGGGCGUCUGAAGCCGAGUUUAGUCUUAGCAACUGA